AGUUCCAACCCAGAUGGAAUAUGGUACUCCGAACAUCCAAACAGACGGCUCCAUACUCCAUUGCUGUAAAGCUCUAAAGAUCCGUGAAAUCCUCACUCCGUUUCGGAGCUCUCGUGCUUCCCUCUCUUCGCUCACAGAGUAAUCAAAGGGAGGAAAUGAGCAACCAAAACCUGACAAGUGGUGAUCGGUUAAGGACAAGUUGGACCCCAGCAAUGGAACGUUAUUUUAUUGAUCUUAUGUUAGAUCAGGUUCAUAGGGGCAAUAGAUUGGGCCAUACAUUCAACAAACAAGCUUGGAAUGACAUGUUGAUGAUGUUUAAUGGCAAUUUCGGGACUCCAUAUGAUAUGAAUACCUUGAAAAGUCAUUACACUAGUCUGUGGAGGCAAUUCAACGACAUAAAGAACCUUCUUGAUCAGAAUGGAUUUUCGUGGGAUAACACUCGGCAAAUGGUGAUUGCAGAUAAAUAUGCUUGGGACGCCUAUGUCAAGGUUCACCCAGAUGCUCAGGUCUACAGAAACAAAGCUCUGAUGACCUUCAAUGAUUUGUGUUUGAUAUAUGCACAUACGCAAGCAGAUGGAAGAUACAGCCUUUCAAGUCAUGAUAUAGAUUUUGAUGACGAAAUUCAGGGGAUGAUUGAUGGUGCUGGAAUGAUUAGCCCUACCCCUGCAAGUAAAGUGAAAAGAAAUGCAGAUUGGAAACCAGCCAUGGACGAAUUUUUUCUGAAUCUUAUGCUGGACCAACUUGAAAAAGGCCGUAAAAUGAAUAAUACGUUCACAAAACAAGCUUGGAAAGGCAUGGUCACGUUGUUCAAAAAAAAGUUUGGUUCUCAAUAUCAAACAAGGUUCUUGAAACAGCUUCAUAAGAAACUGUUGAAGUACUAUACUGAUGUUAGAAGCAUACUUGCCAGAAAUGGAUUUUAUUGGGACGAAAAUCGACAAAUGAUUGUGGCUGAUGAUGAUGUUUGGGGAAAUUGUAUCCAGGCACUUCCAGAUGCACGUGUAUAUAGGAAGAAGCCCUUGCUGAACUAUCAGGAUUUGAACUCGAUAUAUGCCAGUGAAAUUAGCAAUGGACUCCUUAAUCAUUUGGAUCAAGAUGAAGAAGAAAGGGAGGGCCAAUUUUCUUUUUCUGGUAAUGGUCAUUUGGCUUCCUUCGAGGAUCUUGACAGUGAAGGUUUAGAUUUUAUGACAGACGGAGAAGACAUUCAGAGCCAUGGAAAUGACAUUUUUUCAAGGAAAGAUUGGACACCUCCAAUGGAUCGUUAUCUGAUUGACCUUCUUCUGGAGCAACUGCAGAAAGCAAACAAGAUUGAUUACUCUUUGGACGACCAAGCGUGGGUAGAUGUGCUUGUGUUAUUCAAGGAAAGAUUUGGUUUAGAAUACAACAAAGAUCUCUUGAGGAGUCGCUACAAAAGUUUAGAGAAGCAAUACCACGAUACAAAAGAUCUUCUGGAUCGGAGAGGGUUUUGGUGGGACGAAACACAGCAAAUGGUCACAGCAUAUGAUGAUGUUUGGGAUGCCUAUAUUAAGGAACGCCCUGAUACGGAAGCGUACAGAACGAAAUCCACGCCAAAUUAUAAUGAUUUGUGCUUGAUUUAUGGAAACUCAAAUUCGGGGGAAAGAUACAACCAAUCAGGUCAAGCCGUGGGCUGUAACGGUGAUGCCAAUUAUAACCAUAGCUAUCACCGGAGAACUGAUUGGACACCUCCAAUGGACCGAUAUUUCAUUGAUCUAAUGUUAGAGCAAGUUCGCAACGGAAGUAUGGUUAACCAAAAAUUCAGUAAACUAGCCUGGACUGAUAUGGUUUCUAAGUUCAGAGCACAGUUUGGUUCCCAGCAUGACAAAGAUGUCUUAAAAAGUCGUUUUGUGAAUUUGAGGAAACGAUUCAAUGACAUGAAAACUCUACUUGACCAGAGUGGGUUUACUUGGGAUGAAAUGCAGCAGAGGAUAACUGCUGAUGGUGAUCUUUGGGAUGCUCAUGUCAAGGUGCGCCCUGAUGCACGAUCAUACCGCAAUAGAACCCUACCAAAUUUCAAUGAUUUGUGCUUGAUAUAUGGAAAUGAAGACAGUCUUAAAAGGGAGGGUUCAUCUAAUCACUCUAUGGAUGCCGAGGAUGAUGAUCCGAGAGUUAAUGUUGGGGAUGAAACUCAGCAAACAAUAUUCGCAGAAGUUGAUGAUGUCUGGGAUGCUUAUGUCAAGGUGCUUGUUUUUCUCGCUAACUGCUGCCUCGGACAAAAGGAGUUUCCCUAUUCUAAAUUUCUAGUACUAAUUACACCUCCUCAACAUUUCAUGGAGGAGCAGUAUGGUGCAUGCGCAUGUUUUGAUCACCCGUAUCAACCUGCAUAUGGAAAUAGUAUCUUGGACUACAAUGAUUCGACUAUGAUAUAUGGCAAUGGAGUCGCUGAUGGAAGAUCAAGUUAUUUGAGUACGGAAAUGGGGAAAACGGGAUUUGAUAUGACCUUUGGUGGCUUGCAAUCCCGAACCAUGGACUAUGAAACAUCGAUUCAGCGAAAGAAGCGAAAACCAACAGCUUCAUCCACCUCGGCCAGUAAGAGAGUUCAAAGAACCAUCAAGGAGGAGGUACAAGAAGCCUUAGAUGAGAAACCACAGAGAGUAAACGGGUUCGUCGGCAAUGAAGAGGACAAAGACUGCUGCUCGAUAGAACGCAUUGUUGAUGCGCUUGAAACGGUACCUGACAUGAAUGAUGAGCUCUUCUUGGAAGCUUCUCAGAUUCUAGAAGACGAGAGCAAGGCGAAGAUGUUUGUGGCGAUGGAUGUAACAGCCCGACAGAAAUGGUUAUUCAGAAAACUCCGCCAGUAGAUCCUAGGAAACUCUUGCCUUGUGGUCUUUGGUCGUGUAAAUUAGACGAAGAUGAGCUUGUGUAUAUUCAAUUUGGUAGCCUUGUUUCUCUCUCUCUCUCUCUCUCUCUCUCUCUCUCCCCCCACAAACCAUUUGCCACCUAUCAAAUGAUCAAAAUUACCCAUAUCAAACAGAAAGAAGGUUACCGUUUCACCCAA